AUGAGAAGAUUCAACAACACCUUCCAUCAUCCCACUGGCUUUUUUCUGGUGGGCUUUUCUGAAUGGCCCAAACUGGAAAUGGUGCUUUUUGUGGCUAUCUCCAUCUUCUACAUAAUGACCCUCCUUGGGAAUUUGGCUAUCAUUAUCUUAUCCCGCCUUGAUCCCAGACUCCACACCCCCAUGUACUUCUUUCUGGCAAAUCUUUCCUUUUUGGACCUCUGUUAUACCACCUCCACUGUCCCUCAGAUGCUGGUAAAUAUCCAGAGCCACAGGAGAAACAUCAGCUACAUGGGCUGCAUAGCUCAACUUUUCAUCUUUCUUGGCCUAGGAUCAACUGAAUGUGUACUGCUCUCGGUAAUGUCCUUUGAUCGUUAUGUAGCUAUCUGCCGGCCUCUCCAUUAUACAGUUAUUAUGAAUUCUCAGCUAUGCCAACAACUGGCAGCAGUAGCUUGGGUGACAGGUUUCAGCAACUCCUUGGUGCAGACAGUGUUGACUUUCUUGUUACCUCGUUGUGGUCAAUACCAAGUAGAGAAUUUCUUCUGUGAGGUACCAGCUAUGCUUCAAUUAUCAUGCAUUGAUACAUGGAUCAAUGAAGUGGAGAUGUAUGCAGCUGUGGUUGUCAUAAAGGUUGUCCCAGUUGGAUUAAUUCUAUUCUCUUACAUCAACAUUGUCAGAGCAGUAAUAAGAAACCAAUCCUCUGAGGGUCGCAAGAAGGCCUUCAACACCUGUGGGUCUCAUCUGUUGGUCGUCAUUAUGUUCUAUGGCUCAGCUAUCAGUGGUUAUGCAUAUAUGGCACCCAAGAGCAAUUCAGCCAAACUGAAGGGCAAGCUUCUUGCACUAUUCUAUGGACUUAUAACUCCAAUGCUUAACCCUCUCAUUUACACGUUGAGAAAUAAGGAUGUUAAGGGGGCAGUAAAGAAGCUACUGAGGAGAGAACAAGACCAAGUAUGGAGUAUGGCUUAG